CCUAAAAUUUGUACUGGCGCUCAUCCAUAAAAAUUCCAAAAACCCCCAAAAUCAAACGAAUUUAUCUAAAUUCCCCCCAAAAUUUUUCACUUUUGUUUCCUCAAAUCUCUCCCGCCAAACAGUGAGAGAGGGAAAAGCAAAAUUUUAAAAAAUUCAACUCCGAAUCCCCAAAACCCACACUCUCUUUCUCCAAAUAUCUCUCGCUCAUUUCUUGCUUGACAUAUCCCGAACAAUUUUUUGUUUUGUUUUGGUUUUGAAACAGUUCUGGAAAAAGAAAGCAGUUAUGGCGGUUACUUCCACAGAUCAAGAAUUGGAAGGCGAAGUUAUUGAGGUGGAGAAGGAUAAUAAGAAGAGUCGGUCAAAGUGCCCUGGUGUUCGUGUUCUUCAUGGCAGAAUUUAUGAUUCUGAUAACGGCAAGACUUGUCACCAAUGCCGGCAAAAAACAAGGGAUUUUACAGCCGAGUGCAAGAAUAUGAAAGGUGUUAACCGGUGCACCAUUAAAUAUUGCCAUAAAUGCCUAUUGAACAGAUACGGAGAGAAAGCUGAAGAGGUAGCUCUAUUGGAUAACUGGACAUGUCCUAAAUGUAAGGAAGUUUGCAAUUGCAGCUUCUGCAGGAAGAAAAGAGGUCAUAAACCAACAGGUAUACUUGUGCGCACGGCCAAGGUAAAUGGGUUUUCAUCCGUCUCAGAAAUGUUGCAGAUUAAAGGUCCUGAGAAUUUUGGUUAUGAUCGGACUGUAAAAGCUUAUGACGCUUCAUCAGAUAAAUUGGCUCAUGUAGAGGAGGAAUUAGUUGCUUCACCAAGGAAAUCAGGGAAAGAAAAUUUUACAAAUGAUCUACAUAGUAAGGACGAGGGCAAUAGUGAAAGGAAGGAUAGUAAUGUAAGUUUAGGGGUGAGUAUUAAAAAAAAGUCUAGACUUGCUGUUGAUGAGAAAAUUUCUACUAAAAAGGCAAAAGUAAAUGGAAAAAAUGAAGGUUCUUUGGUGGAUGAAAGUGAAAAUAAGACAGAUUCUAAUAGCAUGUUGAAGCAAGAAGCAAGCAAAAAUGAGAAGAAACAUUCACAAGAUGUUCUUAAGAAAGAAGCAAUAAAGAAUGCAGAGGCUGAGUGUGAGAAGGUGAAGACUGAGACAUCAAUGUCAAAGGGUGUUAUUUUUGGUCUGGCUGCAAGUGAAAAGAGGCAUGCAGUAAACAAAAGCAUGAUUAAGACACAGUCUGAAAAAAUUCCAAAGAAAGAGAUGACGAAAUUUGAGAAGUUUGUAGAUGUUAAUGCAGUGGAAAAGAAGUCUAAGAAACAGUCUCAAGAUGUUUCUAAGAAAGAAACAAUAAAGAAUGUUAAGGAUGAAAGUAAGAAAGAGGAGACACAAAUGUCAAGGGAUAUUGCUGAUCCGACUGUCAAUGAAACGAGGGAUGAUGUGGAUUGCAAAAUUAACAAUAAGAUUAUAGAUCUUCAGAUCAAACACAUUGAAGAGACUGUUCCAUUGCCUUCAGGUACUUGCUUGACUGCUGUAGCAGGAAUUGAGUUACCUCAUGAAGAUGCAGGCCAUGCCCUACAAUUUGUUGAGUUUUGUGCUGCUUUUGGUGAGGUUUUUGAUAUAAAAAAAGGGCAAGUUGAAGCUGUCAUUCGAGAAAUACUAUUUGGCCGAAGAGGGCGCCGAUCACAGAGCUCAUUACUAGUACAGUUUCAUAUCAAAUUAUCCUCCCUGAUACUAGAGGAUAUGGGAGAAGAGUCUCCGGUAGUAACUUCAUCAAAUGGUCAACAUUUAUGGCUAAAAGCUCUUGAUAGAUGUGUCUCUAACAGUAAAUUCAUGUCAAAGGAAUUCCCUUCUGAUUGCUUUGAUGGGGGCAAUGAAAGAUAUGAUAUGUUGAGCACCUCACAAAAGCUUAAAUUGUUGAACUUUUUAUGCGAUGAAGCUCUUAAUACCAAUGAUUUGAGGAGUUGGAUUGAUGGUCAACAUUCUAAAUUUGUUGAAAAUGAGAAGGAAGCAAAAGAAAAGGUUCUUGCUGCAAAAAAUAAGGAGAAAAGUUUGAAACAAAAAGUGCAGGAUGAGGUGGCUAAAGCCAUUAUUGCCAAAAAUGGUGCUCCCUUCUCUAUUUCUGAGCAUGAUGCUAUAGUUUCACAAAUAAAGAAAGAAGCUGCUCAAGCUCAUGCAGAAAUGCUUGCAGCCAUGGGAAUGGUACCCCAAAAGAGAAAAAGAUCCGAUGCUGUUAGAACAGAUCCUAUUUUUCAGGAUGCCAAUGGUCAUGUCUUCUGGAGACUAAAAGGCUAUAGUGGCGAACCAGAUAUCUUGCUCCAAGAUAUAGGAAACUGGGAUUUGAUUGAUCCUGAGGAGAAAUGGUUUGUUUAUAAUUCUGAACAGAAGCAAGGGGUUGAGAAAUACAUAUCCUCUUUAAGGACUAAAAAGAUUAGGGCUCAAAAAGUUGGUGAAAUCCCUUCAUUUGGACCUUGUUUCAUGUAAUCCCACUCCAAUUUGAAUGGAUUUUCUGCUAGUUUAUGUUACACUUGUUUACGUUGUGGGUCUAUAUGAUCCUGUAAAGCACCUAAAGCUUGUCAUUCCUUGAUGGGAUGUACAGACUAUAUUUAGUGCAUUAUUUUUGAAAAAAAAAAAGACUGUAAUAUCAAAAGCAAAUUACUUACAGUCAAGUUUGAAUGUGUUGCAAAGAGAAACAGUGUUAUUUCA